AUGGAAAACUCCGCACCAUUGCCUCAGCCGCUCGAUUUAUCGCAUCAUUUCAGCUAUGUGACUAAGCUUCGUCAGGCCAGCGAAGUCAAGGACCUUUACAAAUACUUCAAGGCAAACACCGCAAAUUUGGCUGGGGGCUUGCCUCAUGUCUCGUAUUUUCCCUUCGAUACGCUUGAAGCCGGGGUUGCGCUCCCACAGCGUCUGGCCAGCCACCAGGAACAGACUUCGACCCGGGUCACUGUCCCCAAGGAAAGCGACACUGUCAACGUUAAGGAGAAGAUUGACCUGUCUACGGCGCUGCAGUACGGCACUGCCGAAGGGUACCCUCCCCUGUAUACGUUUCUGCGCCGGUUCGUGCGGGAGCACCUGCACCCCAACGUGCCGUAUGCAGAUGGACCCGAGAUCACGCUAUCCUGCGGAUCGACCGAUGGGUUCUCCAAGGUGAUCGAGGCGUUCGUCAAUCCCUGGAACCCGAAUCGGGACUGGAUCCGGGACCGCGAAGGGAUCCUGUGCGAGAAAUUCACGUACAUGAGCCCGUUUCAGUUGGCAAAGCCCAAGGGACUGAACAUCGUCGGCGUGCCCAUGGAUCACGAGGGCAUGCUCCCGUCGGGACUAGAGGAUGUGCUGGAGAACUGGGAUUUUCGCCAGGGACGGCGCCCUCACCUGAUGUACACUGUGACAAUGGGCCAGAAUCCUACCGGGGGCACGCUUUCCCUUGAACGCCGCCGAGCGAUCUACGCCUUGUGCCAAAAGUACGACGUGUUGAUCAUUGAAGACGACCCGUACUGGAACCUGCAGUACGGGCCGAGUAAUGUCAACUACAACGCGGAGGGUGUCUCAUCCGGGUAUGCAUUCCUCGACUCUCUCGUCCCGUCGUACCUGGCGGUCGACACCGAGGGCCGCGUGAUCCGCCUCGAUACCUUCAGCAAGACCAUCGCUCCGGGCUGUCGGCUGGGUUGGAUCACGGCCCAGCCGGCGGUGAUCGAGCGGCUUGUCCGCAUCACGGAGGUCUCGACGCAGCAGCCCUCCGGGUUUGUGCAGUCGCUUGUCGCAGAGUUGCUCAUAGGACAGUCCCGGUCUCAGUCUCAUUCUACAAGUGCUCGUGCCAGCAAAACAGCAGUAGAACAAGCCUGGCAUGUCGACGGCUGGGUGCGCUGGCUGGAGGGAUUACGGGAUGGGUACCACCAGCGCAUGCAGGCCAUGUGUGGAGCUCUCGAGAAGGGGAAGUACUUGAUUAGUGAAAACCAUGAGAGUAGUGGACAUGAAAGUACUACUACUGCUGCUGAUGAUGAAGAUGUUGCAUGGAACCUCGUCACCAAAACGCAGAUGUAUGAUUUCCACGCCCCCACAGCCGGGAUGUUCGUCUGGGUCGAGCUGUGUCUAUCUACGCAUCCGCUCGCCGGUCAAGUCGAGCUGCCGAAGCUCUCGCGCGCGCUCUGGUUCCACCUCACCCGUGCGCCUUUUGCAUGUCUCGUCGCGCCAGGCGAGCUGUUCGCUCCCUCGGCUUGGGCGCAAGCAGAUUCGUGGCGGUUCGUCCGGCUGUGUUUUGCGCCGAUGGCAUUUGAGGAUGUGGAGGCGCUUACACGCCGAUUCGUCGAUGGGUGUGCUGCUUUUUGGCAGAAGAAGGAUCCUUCGGAGGUGGAGGACGACAUCAAGUUGGCUUAG